AUGGCUGCGACCCAUUCUCAUUCUUUGAGAGCUAUUGGAGAAGCAGGGAAAGACGUCUGCUUAAUAUUGGAUCUGCCUGCACUCCUCCAUUUUCUCGUCCCUGGACUUGGAGAUCUAGACUGCAAUGAUAUGCCCGCAGUCAUUUUACUUGCAUUCCAAUAUGUCAUUGCACCGUUCUUUGGCGAAAAGGCAAAAGAAACGUGUACGCAUUUCCUUCCAUACUGCAGCGACGUCUUCUAG